UCCAUCCAUUCGACAACUCCACACCCUUGCGUCUACUUCUAUUGUUACUACUACUACUACGUACCACCGCAGCCACAAUGGCUAAGAACAAGAAGCUUUUGAUUCUUGGCUUCAUAGUUCUCCUAGCCAUAGGUCUGUCAUCUGCGGCGAGAACUUUGAGCGAGACGUCCAUUGGAGUUAAACAAAGUGGUGGUUGUUCCUGUGGAGGUGGUGUCGGUGGUUCUGGAGAAGGAGGAGGUGGUGGUGGUGGUUCCGGUGGAGGAGGUGGAGGUGGUUCUGGUGGAGGACAAGGUGGUGGAAGUGGGUUUGGUUCUGGUUCUGGUUCUGGUUCUGGUUCUGGUUCUGGCCAAGGUGGUGGAGGGGGACAAGGAGGAGGUGGCGGUGGUGGUUCCGGUGGAGGAGGUGGUGGUGGUUCUGGUGGAGGACAAGGUGGUGGAAUUGGGUUUGGUUCUGGUUCUGGUUCUGGCCAAGGUGGUGGAGCGGGACGAGGAGGAGGUGGCGGUGGUGGUUCCGGUGGCGGAGGUGGUAGUGGUUCUGGUGGAGGACAAGGUGGUGGAAGUGGGUCUGGUUCUGGUUCUGGUUCUGGCCAAGGUGGUGGAGGGGGACAAGGUGGAGGUGGUGGUGGUGGCUCUGGUGGCGGAGCUGGUGGUGGUUCCGGUGGAGGACAAGGUGGUGGAAGUGGGUUUGGGUCUGGUUCUGGUCAAGGUGGUGGAGGAGGACGAGGAGGAGGUGGCGGUGGUGGCUCCGGUGGAGGAAGUGGUGGUGGUGGUGGUUCUGGUGGAGGACAAGGUGGUGGAAGUGGAUCUGGGUCUGGGUCUGGUUCUGGUCAAGGUGGUGGAGGAGGACAAGGAAGAGGUGGUGGUGGUGGUUCCGGUGGAGGAAGUGGUGGUGGUGGUGGUUCUGGUGGAGGACAAGGUGGUGGAAAUGGAUCUGGAUCUGGGUCUGGGUCUGGGUCUGGUUCUGGUUCUGGUCAAGGUGGUGGAGGGGGACAAGGAGGAGGUGGUGGUGGUGGUUCUGGUGGAGGACAAGGUGGUGGAAGUGGAUCCGGGUCUGGUUCUGGUCAAGGUGGUGGAGGAGGACAAGGAGGUGGUGGUGGUGGUUCCGGUGGUGGAGGAGAUGGCGGUGGAAUUAGUGUUGGGCUUGUUUCGAGAUCCGGAUAUGGGAGUGGCGGUGGAGGUGGACAUCCUUAG